AUGAAUUUAUUCGAAGUCUCUAAUUUCUAUCUGGGAAGGAUAGUAGGCGGUGAUCAACAGACUGCUCCUAAGAACGAAAACAGCGUGUUGCCAGGUUCCAGAAUAAAGGUGCUUCUCCUUGAUGAAUACACCACACCAAUCAUAUCAUUGAAUUCAACACAAUCAGAGCUACUACAACAUGAAAUCUAUUUGAUCAAUAGAAUUGAUAAUUUUAACAGGGACAAAAUGAGACAUCUCAAAUGUAUCUGCUUUUUGAAACCAACUGAAGAGUCAAUCAACUAUUUAUUGGAUGAACUCCGUAAUCCAAAAUACUCAAGUUAUGAAUUAUAUUUCAAUAAUUUUGUCACAAAGACUCAAUUGGAAAGACUUGCUGAAAGUGAUGAUUUAGAGGUUGUUACAAAAGUUGAAGAAAACUUUCAAGAUUAUCUAACCAUCAAUAACGAUUUGUUUUCUCUUGAGUUAAAAUCACCAAGUCAUAGAAUUUAUGGAGAUUCACUCAAUUCAUGGCAUGGUGCUGCUUUCAAUAGAACUGUCGAAGGAUUAACAUCAUUGUUAUUGUCAUUGAAAGUUAGACCUGUGAUUAGAUAUGAAGCUAAUAGUAAAAUGGCUGCCAAACUAUCAAAAGAGUUGAUGUAUGGAAUAGAGAAAACCAAUGCUUCUUUGUUUGAUUUCAAAAUGAAGGAUUCACCACCGUUGCUAUUGAUUUUGGACAGAAAGAAUGACCCAAUAACACCAUUAUUAGUGCCAUGGACCUUCCAAUCUAUGGUGCAUGAAUUGAUAGGAAUUGAAAAUAACACUGUGGAUUUGUCAAAUACACCAGGUAUUACAGAUGAAUUGAAGAAGAUUGUUCUUAGCGCAAAGCAAGAUCCGUUUUAUGAGGAGUCUAUGUUUUUGAACUUUGGUGAUUUAAGUGAUAAAAUUAAAGAUUAUGUUUUCCAAUAUAGAAAUAAGACGAAGACAAAUCGAACUUUGGACACAAUUGAAGAUAUGAAAAGGUUUAUUGAAGAAUUUCCAGAAUUCAAAAAACUAUCAGGAAAUGUUAGCAAACACAUGACUCUAGCUUCUGAGUUGGAUAGAAGAAUCAAUAAACUAAGAUUAUGGGAAGUUAGUGAACUAGAACAAAAUAUAUCAUCACAUGAUCAACAUAAUUUAGAUCUUUCAGAGAUUGAAAAAUUGUUAUUGAAUAAACCAGAAGCAACGGGCAAACCACCAUCUCCACCAAUUUCAGAAGAUUCAAAAGUUAGAUUAGUGGCAUUAUAUGCUUUAAGAUAUGAAACAAAUUCAAAUAAUCAAACUAAUAGAUUGAAGGAAAUUUUGAAGCAACAAGGAGUUCCAUUAUAUAAGAUCAAUGUUAUUGAUUAUCUGUUAAGACUAUGUGGUGUUAGUCAAAGAUUGGAUGAUGAACAAACUAUUUUUGACAAGGCUACAUCAAAUUUAAUUACAGGUUUUAAAACAAAUCAUCAAACAAAUAAUAUUUAUAUGCAACAUAUUCCAAGAUUGGAAACAAUUUUGAGUAAAGCAGCUCGUGGGAAGCUAUCUGAAAAGAAUUAUCCAAUAUUAUCACCAUAUCAAGGGGUGUAUGCUAACUUGGCGACUGAGAAAGCUCAAGAUAUUAUCGUUUUUAUAGUUGGUGGUGCAACAUACGAAGAAGCUAGAAUUGUUGCAGAUUUGAAUCAAAUCAAUAAGAAUGUUAGAAUAAUAUUAGGGGGUACAGCUAUACAUAACACUGAAACAUUUAUUAAUGAAAUUGAGGACGCUGGUUCAAGAUGGCCAAAAACUACACCUGGUGAACGUUUACAUUCAAGGGUCAAUUAA